AUGGAGCAGGUUUCUCACGUCAGAAUGCUACCACUGACAGAAUCAAAUACAAUCAGCAUUGAAAAAAAUUCCCCGCAGAAACCAGAAACAGCAAAUAAAUGGACAACGACCAUCCUGCAGAAGGACCCUGCAGGCACUGUGCAAACCUCCAGCGAGCAGAACUUGUGCGUGCAGCGAAGUGCCGCUGGGAAUUGGUUUGUACGGGGCUGUAUUGCACCGGCUGUAAUCAUUAGCUGGUGGCAGCUUACUGUUGGUGACGGUUGUAGUCUUGAUACUCAACGUAGGUUUCUCUUCCCAGAUAACCUCUUGGGAAUUUCCUGGGUUGACAGUGCCUGGAUUCCAAUAUUAAACAAUGGCAGUGUGUUGGACUACUUCUCGGAGCGCAGUAACCCAUUUUAUGACCGAACCUGUAAUAAUGAAGUUGUCAAAAUGCAGCGGAUGACCCUGGACCACUUGAACCAGAUGGUUGGAGUGGAGUACAUCCUCCUUCAUGCUCAAGAGCCCAUUCUCUUCAUUAUCCGAAAGCAGCAAAGGCAAUCUCCAACACAAGUUAUUCCUUUGGCUGAUUACUAUAUUAUUGCUGGAGUGAUUUAUCAGGCACCCGACUUAGGGUCUGUCAUUAACUCCAGAGUUCUCACUGCUGUACAUGGAAUCCAGUCUGCUUUUGAAGAAGCUAUGUCCUAUUGUCGCUAUCACCCAUCGAAAGGCUAUUGGUGGCAUUUCAAAGAUCAGGAAGAACGAGAGAAAGCUAAGCCAAAAGCCAAGAAGAAAGAAGAACCAAGUUCUAUUUUCCAAAGACAGCGGGUAGAUGCUUUGCUUCUAGACCUAAGACAAAAGUUUCCACCCAAGUUUGUUCAGCAAAAGCCUGGAGAAAAGCCCAUCCCAGUGGAUCAAAUAAAGAAGGAGCCAGAACCAGCCCCUGAAGCUGUCAAGACAGAAGAGAAAGAGACUGUAAAGAAUGCUCAGCAGAGUGCUGCUGCUAAAGGACCACCUGAAAAACGGAUGAGACUACAGUGAAGGGCGAAGUCGAUGCAUGUCUGGAUUAGUCAAUACCUGGAAAACAGCAGAUUCCAAUUCCCUUUCUUCAUAUCUACGCUCUUCAACCGAGACUGUGACAUUUCAGGAAUUCAAGUCCCUGUAACAGUUUUUUCUGUAGAAAUCUGUUACAAAAAUGUUAAUAGCAGGAUGUGAGCUGCCUUAAGUAAGAUGUUGUCAGUUUUCAUCUUAUUUUGAAUAUUGGCUUCUGGGAAUGGUUUUUACAGAGAUGUAUUUUGCAGCCUCCUGAAAUCUACAAACCCCUGCAUUCCUUAUGUCUUGGUUUGCUAUGUAAACAAACAAUUUAAAAAACAAAACAACAACAACAAACAAUUCACCUUGUGUCUCAAUUAAUAAAAUCCUGAUUGCUAGAA